AUGAUGGAAACAUAGAUUUUUUUGAUAAUCUGUAGAAAUUAUUUAACAAAAUAAAAUUACCUUAUAAAUAUUUUAAAAAUAUUUCUACUAAAACUGCAGAAAAAGAGGUAAAAUUUUGAUAUAAACAAGAUAUUUUUGGCUCUCUUUUAUUAGAACAGAAAUUUGUCAAUUAUCUUAACAAAUAAAUUUGGUUAUUUUUAAGACAAACCAAAUCUUAAUCAUCAUUAAAAAAAUAAGCAAACAAACAAAUCUUUGAUAUCAAAGCAGUAAAUGGUAUUGCUGAAAUUAAAAAAAAAAAAGAUAAUUUAAUAAUGA